UGAUUGCGACCACUGAUCAAGAAGACGUUGCAGCGCGGUAUCAGGAGAAUCCCUCAGAUUUUCUCGGGGACCUGCCCGCCCCGCACGUAUGCGAUCACCGACGAGCGUUGGACCGGUUGGGCAGCUUUCGGCACUGCGCGUGCAACGAAACCCGAACAUAACCGUACCAGCGGGCUUACGAAACACACUAGAGCUCGUGGCAGACAGACAGAACAUCAGUGCGGUGUCGUCGAUCUACGCUGCAAGAUUUUUGGUAUUUGUGCCCGUCGCUCGCAGCAUCCUUUUGCCAGUCGUCGUUCGCAGGCUUUGGCGCGUCUCCCGCCGCGAAAUGUUACCCCACAUGGGAAGGUUUGUGUUGGUGCUGGUGUGCGUCUUCACGAUCACGAUCGGAUCAUCUGGGGCAUUGAACCUACAAGAUGAAUGCCAAACACCGGACGGUAAUGUGGGCACGUGUGUGAUCAUCCGAUCUUGCAUCUCGAUUCGGAAACUGCUGCUGCUGAAGGACAAAAUGACACCGGAAGAUCGCGCCUUUCUCCGGAACUCGAAAUGUGGCCAGCAGGGCAGCUCGGUGUUGGUGUGCUGUCCGCUGGUACGAAAGUUGACCGGGAGAUUUGACGCACCGGUCGAGCUACCGCCACCGGGUGAGUGCGGAAAAAUGCAAUCGGACCGUAUCGUCGGUGGUGAAGUAGCUUCGCUGGAUGCCUACCCGUGGCUGGCGAGGAUUCAGUACUACAAAGGUAACAAUCGGUACGGAUUCCACUGCGGAGGUGUCCUGAUCCACAGCCAGUACGCGCUUACUGCAGCUCACUGCAUCGAAGGUGUGCCAUCUAGCUGGAUCGUAUAUCAGGUCCGUCUUGGCGAGUUCGACACAACCACAGCUACCGACUGUGUGAACGACGAUUGUGCUGACCCGGUACGUGACGUACUGAUCAGCGCGUACCUAGUGCAUCCCGAGUACUACAAACAGAACGGUGCCGAUUACAACGAUAUCGCACUGCUGCUGCUGUCGGAAUCGGUCGAAUUUACCGACUUCAUUCGACCGAUCUGUCUCCCGGUCACGGCGGAAGAUCGUGAAGCAAAUCUGACCGGCAAGUACGCGAGCGUAGCUGGCUGGGGACAGACAGAAAACAGUACGACGAGCACGAAAAAGCUGCACCUGAGUGUGCCGGUGGUAGCGAACGAAGCGUGUGCCGAUGCGUUCAGCUCGAUACAGCUAGAAAUUAUUCCCACCCAGCUGUGUGCCGGUGGCGAGAAGGGUAAGGAUUCGUGUCGUGGCGAUUCCGGUGGUCCGCUGAUGCGGUACGGUAAUGGGCGAUCGUCGACCAAGUUCUGGUACCUGAUCGGUGUGGUCAGCUUCGGGCUGGAGCAGUGCGGUACGGACGGUGUACCCGGCGUCUACACGCGUAUAAGCGAAUACAUGGACUGGGUACUGGAGACGAUGGUGUAGCGGAACACGAACAACGCGUUGACUUUGUUACCUCACCCGGGAAGAAGGAAAUAUAUCCGAUAGCGAAAGAGUGA